AGUGAAGUGAUGUGUCAUAGUUCCAAGCUCAAGGUUUCUGUGAUGCCAGCUUCCUGGCAGCAAGGUGCCAGUCAGCGUUUCCCAUUGUCUCAGCAUCAUCAAUAGUCUAUUUUUGGCUGGAGUUGCUAUAGUUUAUCUUAAUACCUGCCAAAUAAACCAAUAAAUAUUUCAAAGUUAUCACAUUCACAGCAAUCACUGUCUUACAUUAUAAGUUCAUGUUCCCAUAUUACGGCCAUCUGUUCAGAGUAUUCCCGUCCUUAGCCAAUCAUUACCCACACUUUACCUUUUCAUCUCAGGUGUAUCAGGUGAGUCUGUGCAGUCAAAAGGUGUCAAAAGCGUCGUCAGGUGUAGUUUGACAGACUGAAAACACACAAAUGUGAUGUUAUCACCGCAUUCUGGCAAUCAGUUACUUACCUAUUGCUUUGCACCUAGUCCAGAGGUCACCUCUGUGACAUCUCCCUUUUCCACAAGAAGAGGAACGUGUUUCUGUCCGUCCGUCUGUCUUUCUGUGUCUGUGCUGUGAGAGUGUGUGUGGCAGCCAUGGGUUUGACAAAGGAGUCGAGGAAAAAGAAGAUCAUUAUAGGUGUCCUGGCCAUCUCGAUCGUGACCAUAAUCCUCGGUCUUGGACUUGGUCUUGGAUUGGACAAAGAUCCCGUCAUCGCCCACACGUCCUGCAGGAAUCGCUGCUACGAGCCGUACGACGGUGACGUGCCGGGCUGCAGAUGUGACGAGAACUGUAAAGCCACCAACAGCUGCUGCUUUGACUACUACGAUAUCUGCACCCUUCCAACUCAGCAGUGGGAGUGCACGAGGCUGCGCUGUGGAGAGACGAGGCUAACGCAGAGCAGGUGUCACUGCUCCGAUGACUGCCUGUCUGCAGGAGACUGCUGCACCAACUACAAACAUGUGUGCCACGGAGAGACAGCCUGGGUGGAGGACGAGUGUGAGGACCUGUCAGCCCCCAUGUGUCCACCAGGCUUUAAGCGCCAGCCUCUGCUGCUCGUGUCUUUGGAUGGUCUGCGGUCUGAGUACCUGCAAACAUGGAGCGCGCUCAUGCCUGUUCUGGACAAACUCAAGACUUGUGGAGCCUCAGCGCCAUACAUGCAGGCAGCCUUUCCCAGCAAGACCUUCCCCAAUCACUAUACCAUUGUCACGGGUCUCUAUCCAGAGUCCAAUGGUUUGAUUGACAACACCAUGUAUGACCCAGUGUUUGACGCCACCUUCAGUCUGUCGGGUCCAGAGAAGGAAAACCCUGACUGGUACCUCGGACAGCCUAUUUGGCAUACAGCAAAGUACCAGGGGCUGAAGUCUGGGACUUUCUUUUGGCCAGGAUCAGAUGUCAAAAUCAACGGAAGCUUUCCCAACAUCUACCAGCCCUACAAUGGUAAAGUUCCUUUUGAGGAAAGAGCGUUUACUGUGCUGAAGUGGCUACAGUUGCCAGAAGAUGAAAGACCUGAUUUGUUCACGCUUUACCUGGAGGAACCUGACAAGUCUGGACACAGCUAUGGUCCUGUCAGUGCAGGGAUCAUUCAAGCAAUCCAGGGUGUGGAUAAGAUCAUUGGUCAGCUUAUGAACGGCCUUAAGCAGAUUGGCUUACAUCGCUGUCUCAACAUCGUCAUCGUGGCAGACCACGGCAUGGAGGAGACGAGCUGCAACAGGAAGGAAGUGAUGCAGGAGCUGGUGGGUGACGUCAGCAAAUACUGGGUGACUGAGGGACCGUUUGGACGCAUCAGAGCCAAAGACAACAACACAGUCAUGGACUCAGCAGGACUUGUUGCCAAUAUGACUUGCAAGAAGCCAGACCAAAAGAUCAAGCCGUACCUGAAGGCCGACCUACCGAAGCGCCUCCACUUUGCCAACAGCCGUCGCAUUGAAGAUGUUAAUGUCCUGGUCGACCCAAAAUGGCUGUUUGAGAGGUAUCCGGGAUCGCUCACAUUCUGUGCUGGUGGCACUCAUGGAUAUGACAACGAUGCUGAGAGCAUGCAUGCCAUGUUCGUCAGUUACGGACCCAAGUUUCUUAACGAAACAGAAAUCGAACCCUUUUCCAACAUCGAGCUGUACAACAUGAUGUGUGAUGUGCUGGAGAUCUCGCCUGCUGACAACAACGGGACCCACGGCAGCAUGAAUCACAUCUUGAGGCAGCCCUAUUACACACCAGCAUCCCCUGCAGAGCAGAGCAAACCUGCCCAGUGCCCGCUGAACAGCCUGGACCCUGCAGACAGCCUGGGAUGCUCCUGUGCAGCCCUGAGUGGAAACACAAUAAACAGCCGUCUGAAUCUAACCGCUGAGGAAGAGUUGGCUGCAGAGAAGAAACACGUGCCGUUUGGUCGUCCUCGGAUGCUGCAGCCUGAUCAGAGCUACUGCAUCCUGUACCAGGAGGGAUUCAUCAGCGCCUACAGCCACAAAGCCCUGAUGCCUCUGUGGAGCUCCUUCACCGUCGACAAGCCGAUAAACUUGGAUCAGUUGCCUGCAGUAACACCCAACUGUUUGAGAGCUGAUGUCAGACUCCCAGCCUCCCAGAGCCCCAGAUGUGACCAGUACAGCAGUGCCGGGAGCCUGAUAUAUGCCUUCCUGUUCCCACCCAAUCUGAACGUGUCAGUGGACCAGCAGUACGAUGCUCUGCUAAUGAGUAAUGUGGUGCCAAUGUACCCCGAGUUUAAGAAGAUCUGGGACUACUUUCACAACACCCUGUUAAAGAAAUACGCCUCCAUUUACAACGGAAUUAAUGUGGUGACGGGUCCCGUUUUUGAUUACAACUACGACGGCCAGUUUGACACAGCAGAGCAGAUCCAGCAGUUUGUUCCUGGCACAAACAUCUCUGUGCCCACACAUUACUUUGCCGUGUUGACCAGCUGCAAGGACUCGGCCCUACCAGUGGCCGACUGUGUUGGCGAGCUACAGACGGUGUCCUUCCUGCUGCCUCACAGACCCAGCAACAUGGAAAGUUGCAAAAGUACAGAAGCUGAAUCGAACUGGGUGGAGGACCACAUGUGGUUCCAUCAGUCACGAGUCAGAGACGUCGAAUGGAUCGCAGGGUUGGACUUUUACCAGGAAAGCAAUCGACCAAUCCCAGAGCUGCUGAAGGUGAAGACCCGCCCCACAGCUGCCAUUCAAAGAAAACAAUGAUAACACCAAUUUCCACAAAAAAGAAAAUCGCCAUCGUGAUCUGUCAAAGUGUUGUAGUCACGUUGUCAACACCUGACUGUAGGUAUCAAUUCCAGUGUUUAUUUAUUUUAAUUUAAUUUUAUUUUUUUAUUAUCAUAGCCCCAUUGUCAUGAUUCCUGUCUUACUGAUUUAUUGUUUUUGUAAUCUGUAUUUAAAGGGUUAUUUCACACAAAGCCCACAUGAGACGAGAUGUAAAAACGUCAGCUUGGUGGCGCUACAGAACUUUUAGCCACAUGAUCACACGCAGUUUGGGAAAUCAUGGGAUGUUUUUAGGCCUUUUCUUCUGUGUAAUGUAGGGAGUCUAAAAGAAACGUUUCUGUCAACUGGAUAAACUAACUAACUGAAGGUUUCCUCAUGCUGUACCACUCACUGUAAAUAAAAACCAAAAACAGA